AUGGUUGUUCGAAGGGCACAACAUUUGGAUACGAUGGCAAUUUUUAUUACUCUUGUGCUCUCUAUGGUAGCGUUGGCUUCAGCUGAAUACGAGCAAUAUUCAUCUCCUCCACCUCUAUAUUAUUACAAAUCUCCCCCUCCACCAUCUCCUUCACCCCCUCCUCCAUAUUACUACAAAUCUCCACCUCCCCCAUCUCCAUCCCCUCCACCUCCUUAUUUCUACAAAUCCCCUCCACCUCCCUCUCCCUCACCUCCUCCUCCAUAUUAUUACAAGUCCCCUCCACCUCCACCUCCAUCUCCAUCCCCUCCACCACCAUAUUACUAUAAGUCUCCACCUCAAUCAUCUCCUUCACCUCCACCUCCAUACUACUAUAAAUCUCCACCACCACCAUCCCCAUCUCCUCCUCCUCCAUAUCACUAUAAGUCACCUCCUCCUCCAUCCCCCUCUCCUCCUCCUCCAUACUAUUACAAGUCCCCACCUCCACCAUCUCCUUCACCUCCUCCACCUUAUUACUAUAAAUCCCCACCACCACCUCCUCCAUACUACUACAAGUCUCCACCACCACCAUCCCCCUCUCCACCACCCCCAUAUUAUUAUAAGUCUCCACCACCACCUUCCCCAUCUCCUCCUCCACCAUAUUAUUACAAAUCUCCACCACCACCAUCUCCAUCUACACCUCCUCCCUACUACUACAAAUCCCCUCCACUACCAUCCCCAUCGCCACCACCACCAUACUACUAUAAAUCUCCUCCACCUCCACCGCCCACAUAUUGA